CGACGUGCUUAAUGAAUUAAUUGAUAUUUGAAGGGCAAAUAAGACAAGUAUUUGCCAUAUGAAGGAUAUAUAAGAAAAGUUAGUUACGGUACAAGGGUAUAUUAGAAUGGACAAAAUGAUAAUUUUUCAGAGAUAACGGCAGCUUAUUAAUGGAACUUAACUCCAGGAAUAUAUUAGAAAGACUUGAAACAUAAAAAGAAUAUUUUCAAUAUUAGUCUUUUAAGAGGGGUAAAUAAGAAACCGGGAACUUUUCCGGAAUAUAUAGGCAAUUGCCCCUAAAAUAAAAUAUUUACAAAUGGGCCCGGCCCAAAGUGACGGAUGGGGUAAAUUUCGGAGGAGCCGAAUGGUGUAGUUAAAAGGCAAAUCCGGCACCGAAGACGGUUCACCGCUUCAGCGAGACGCACGCCGUGGGUCACAGUGUGAAUUCCCCGCACUGCCUGCACCCGUGCGUUCGAGCUGCCGGCAGGGCGAGCAACAAUGUUCGCGACGGCGGCGCGGUGGGCGGCGAAGAAGGGGAAGCCGAAGAUGAAGCCGAUCGAGCUGAAGACGCCGCCGGAGCAGACGCAGUCCAUCACCCGCACCAUCUUCGACAUCGUUAAAGAGCACGGCCCCCUCACCAUCGCUGACACCUGGGAGCACCUCAAGGAUGUUGGUCUGAGAGGUUUGACGAGCAAAAGGCACAUGAAAAUAGUAUUGAGAUGGAUGAGGGAGCGGCAAAAGCUGCGGCUAAUAUGCAACCACGAUGGACCUCACAAGCAAUUCCUCUAUACUACCUGGUUCACUAGCCCCAAAAACAUGCCACCGAGGCCGACAAAGGGAUCCUCAUGACUUUGACCAUUUGAAGUUCUUCAUGCAAUGCAUCAUCUUUAUUUUCAUGAUGCGCAUUUAGCCCGUUUCCUUGUCUUCCUUGGUAAGAGCUGAUGACUUUUCCUUCAAUCCUGUAUAGAAACCGUUUUGAAUGGUCAUCAUCUAGAUUGGGCGGAAACAGGCGCAUCUUGCCUUUGUAUCUAAUGAGGUACAGUUUUAUCUGUAUAAGCAUAACAUUAGGCCUAUGUUAAAAAAAUGGUAUUAGUCUUAUGUUUGCUGAGAAAACAUGGUGGUGCUUACUGCUUACUAAGUUUUGCUUGGUAUAGCCUCUGUUCUUUUAAAAUUUUUCUUUUUCAGGGAGAACUUGUAAUCCCUGAGUCUCAAGGUUAAGUUUGCCCCAGAUUAAUGUCA